CCGGUGAAAGCGGCGGCAGAUGAGUGAAAGAAACCGAGGCAAGUCGGAGAAUUGUUGCAUUUCUCAUAAAUUCGUUGAUGCAGCCUCCAAAAACCCUCAUCAAAUCGCCGUGAUUCAAGCUUCAGGCUUGACGGCGAGGAGGAUUAGGUCGGAAUCAGCUGAACCUUCUGUUUACGACGGAGACAAAUGUUUCACGUUCGCCGAGAUUUCUUCAUCCAUUGAUUCCCUCACCUCUCGUCUCCGUCUUAUCCUCAGUGACGAUGAUUCUCAAGAGGCUGGUUCAGAUGUUGUAUAUAUGCCAAAGGUAGUGGCUUUAUAUAUGCUACCAUCAGUUGAAUAUAUUACCAGUGUGCUCUCUGUUUUGAGGUGUGGAGAAGCUUUUUUACCUUUGGAUCCUUCAUGGCCAAGAGAAAGGGUUUUGUCUCUUAUGUCCUCUUCAAAUGUUUCUCUUGUUAUUGCUUUAGAGAGAUCACAUUGGCUUGUGGAAACCAAGGUCUGCCCUGUAUUACUGUUUUCAAUGGAUGAGAAAUUGAGUGAGGAAACUGGUUGCUCAAGCUUUGUUUGGCCUUGCAAGAAACAGAGGCAGAGAAAAUUUUGUUAUAUUAUGUAUACUUCAGGAUCUACUGGGAAGCCUAAAGGAGUUUGUGGCACUGAGCAAGGACUUUUAAAUCGCUUCGUGUGGAUGCAAGAGCUCUAUCCUGUUGUUGGAGAGCAGCGAUUGGCUUUCAAGACUUCAGUUGGUUUUAUUGAUCAUCUGCAGGAGUUUCUUGGCGCUAUUCUUAAUUCAACCCCCUUAGUCAUCCCUCCAUUUACUCUACUAAAAGAGAAUAUGACAUCCAUCAUUGAUUUUUUGGAGGUGUAUUCUAUCAGUAGACUCCUAGCUGUCCCAUCGAUGAUCAGAGCUAUUCUUCCUACUUUACAACAUCGUGGACACAAUAAGCUUCAAAGUAGCUUGAAGCUGGUAGUUUUAAGUGGCGAACCCUUUCCCGUGAGCCUGUGGGAUUCACUUCACAGCCUACUUCCUGAAACAUGUUUUCUGAAUCUAUAUGGGAGUACAGAGGUAUCAGGGGACUGCACUUAUUUCGACUGCAGUGGGUUGCCAAGACUCUUGAAGACCGAAGAGAUUGGUAGUGUUCCUAUUGGCAAGCCAAUUUCGAAUUGCAAAGUGUUACUUUUUGGGGACGAAGAUAAACCUUAUGAGGGAGAAAUAUGUGUUGGUGGCCUCUGUAUUUCACAAGGGUACAUGCAUUCCUCGAUAGAGUCUCAAGGCUACGCGAAGCUACAUAAUAAUAAAUCGCUCUGUAAUCAUUUAACGAAUGAUUGUGGAAGCGAGCUUUAUUAUAGAACGGGUGAUUAUGGACGACAGCUUUCUAGUGGUGAUUUGAUUUUUAUUGGGAGAAGGGAUCGAACUGUUAAACUCAAUGGAAAACGCAUGGCCCUUGAAGAGAUUGAAACAACUCUAGAACUAAAUCCAGAUGUUGCUGAAGCUGUUGUUCUACUUAGCAGAGAUGAGAAGGAGCUUGCUUCACUUAAGGCCUUUUUAGUACUGAACAAGGAAAGCAAUUCCGGUGAUGGUAUCAUAUUUUCUAUCAGAAAUUGGAUGAGCGAAAAACUUCCUGCGGUGAUGAUUCCUAACCAUUUUCUUUUGGUGGAGUCACUGCCACUUACUGCAAGUGGAAAAGUUAAUUAUGAAGCACUAGCAAGGUUGAAAUGUCCUAAAACCCUUGCUCAAGAUAUGAUGCAUAGCAAUGGAACUAAUAGUCUACUGCAAACUAUUAAAAAGGCCGUCUGUGAUGCAUUAGUGGUCAAAGAAGUUUUAGACGAUGAUGAUUUCUUUGCGAUUGGUGGAGACUCUUUAGCCGCAGCACAUCUUUCUCAUAGUCUUGGUAUUGAUAUGAGAUUGAUUUACCAAUUUCGAAGUCCAUCUAGGCUUUUGAUCUGUCUGUCAGAGAAGGAAGGUAAGUUAAGAGAAGAUACGCAACACUGCCAACACAACACCACUCAGAAACUAGACCACAAGACAGAGAGUCAGAAUGGUAAUGGGUUGGUAAGUAGAACUGUUCCACGUCAUUCUGGUGUUACAUCAAGCCCAACGCCUUCAGGAAUGCAGUGUGAGAAGAAUAAUUCCCCAAAGCGAUUGAAAAUUGAUUCCGAAAUUUUUUCUCCCAAAAUGAAAGAAAAGAAAUCAUGGGAUUCAGGAUUUUCUCAAACACAAUGUGCAUUCAGUCGGUGCAAUAAGGUAUAUUCUCCGAACUCAUGUAGUAAUGAAGAGGCAAACCGAGAAAACUGGUCGGUGGAGAUUCCAAGGAACCAAAUGGUCUCUAUGCAAGAGAUAUGGAAAGUUCAUAUGGAGUCUUGUGUAGAUGCCUCGCCCCUAGUUGUGUUGAAGGAUUCGAAAACUUAUCUAUUCAUUGGGUCUCACUCACGUAAAUUUUCGUGCAUUGACGCCAAAAGUGGCUCUAUAUAUUGGGAGACCACUCUAGAGGGAAGGGUCGAAGGUUCAGCCAUGGUUGUUGGUGAUUUUAGUCAGGUCGUUGUUGGAUGCUACAAAGGAAAAUUAUAUUUUUUAGAUUUCUCAACUGGAAGCUUAUGUUGGACAUUCCAAGCAUGUGGCGAGAUAAAGUGCCAACCUGUUGUGGAUGCAUCUUCGCAACUGAUAUGGUGCGGAUCACAUGACCACACUCUUUAUGCCCUUGACUAUAGGAGUCAACGUUGUGUUUAUAAGCUGCAAUGUGGUGGGAGCAUAUUUGCUUCACCUUUAAUUGAUGAGGGUCAUAGUUUACUAUAUGUGGCUUCUACAAGUGGUCGCGUGAUAGCUGUAUCAAUAGAGGAUUUGCCAUUCCACACCUUGUGGCUACUUGAUCUAGAAGCACCGAUUUUUGGUUCCCUAUGCAUUACCCCGACAAGCCGAAGCGUCAUUUGCUGCCUAGUUGAUGGCCAAGUUAUCGCAAUGAGUACGUCUGGAACUAUUAUUUGGAGGUAUAGCACUGGUGGACCAAUAUUUGCUGGGCCUUGCAUGUCACAUGUGCUUCCUUCUCAGGUGCUUGUGUGCUGUAGAAAUGGAAGUGUUUAUUCACUAGAACCGGAAUCUGGGUGUCUUGUGUGGGAAUACAAUAUUGGGGACCCGAUCACAGCAUCUGCAUACAUCGAUGAGAAUCUGCAUUUUGAAUCGCAUCAACUGCUUGCAUCAGACAGGUUGGUGACUGUAUGCUCGAGCUCGGGAAGAGUUCAUGUCCUUCGUGUGAGAACCAACCACAGCAGAUAUUCACAUGACUCAAAAGUAGGAGAAAUCGCGAGGCUAGAGUUGCAGGCAGACAUUUUCUCUUCACCAGUGAUGAUCGGUGGCCGGAUAUUUGUUGGCUGUCGUGACGACUAUGUGCAUUGCCUCUCUCUUGAGAGUUGCAGGUAGGAGAAGUUAUAACUCCUGAAAGGAAUUUUUUCAAUUGCUGUAUAUAUCAAAAUCAUGAAACUUUUUUCGUUUGAUUGGAAAACAAUUCUAUGUAAAGAAAUGAGUUUUUUUUUUUGUUUAAUAUUGUAAAUCUCGUGGAGUUACUUUAGGAUAAAAGAUGUGUGUACAU